GGCCAUCUGAAGAAGUGCUAGCUUACUACUGCCUAAAGCACAAUGAAAUAUUCAGGGACCUUGCUGUGUGUGAGCUAGGGGGUGGCAUGACAUGCUUGGCUGGGCUCAUGGUUGCUAUUUCUGCAGAUGUCAAAGAAGUUCUGUUAACUGAUGGAAAUGAAAAGGCCAUCAAAAAUGUAAGUGAGAUCAUCACAAGAAACCAAAGUGCAGGAGUAUUUAAGGCUCAGAAAGUGUCAAGCUGCAUUUUACGAUGGGAUAAUGAGACAGAUGUCUCUCAACUGGAAGGACAUUUUGACAUUGUUAUGUGUGCUGACUGCCUGUUUCUGGACCGGUACAGAGCUAGCCUUGUUGAUGCAAUAAAGAGAUUACUCCAACCCAGUGGAAAAGCAAUGGUAUUUGCUCCACUCCGAGGGAAUACUUUAAACCAGUUUUGCAAUCUAGCUGAAAAAGCUGGUUUCUCUAUCCAAAGACAUGAAAAUUAUGAUGAACACAUUUCGAACUUCCACUCCAAGUUGAAAAACGAAGAAAAAGAUACAUAUGAGGAAAACCUCCAUUACCCUUUUCUUCUCGUUUUAACCAAACACAGAUAGAAGAUGACACUUUUUUGUUUUGUUUUAAGGUGGACUACUGAAAAGUAAUCCAUGUAUGUGGAUGGUCAGGGAGUGGGGAGGGUUCAGUUCCCCCCCUUUUGUUCCUGAGUCAUCAUUAGAGAAAUGUUUCUAAUCUAAAGACUGAGGAAGCGAUCGUGGCUUGUUUCACAGUGUGUAAACAUUGAGACAUCUUUUUUGUAUCAUUUUAGAACUUAUUUUUCCAAUUAUAUUCCAGCCUAAAACCGAUCAGACUUCACAUGUAUGCAUUAACAAAGGUGUAAAGCUGGCUUCCUUCUCUUUUGUGCCUUUAAACUUGCAUGUACUUUGUUAAUCUCUUUAAAUGUUAUUUUUGGGGUGUAUUUGAAAAUACGUGAAUAUCCUUUGUGGGCUUA